AUGCAGUUUGUGCUACUCAAAGAACCACGACGUAUAAUUUAUAUGAUCAGUCCUUCCAAGAGCAGCAAAGAUGUUUUUACUGCCUAUGAUCCUUUCGAUUCAAGAAGAGUGACUUUUACAAAGGAUGAAGUAGCAUCUGAUGAAAUAUUGCGUGAAUAUUCUUAUAUACCUGUACGUGAUAAUGUUUGGAAUGUGCGUCCCAUUGAACAGCUAACUCUUAUCCUAUUUGAUAUAAGUGGUUCUAUGCAAAAUACAAAAGGAAGCAAUACUAAAAGUCUUCUUGAUUUGAGCAUUACCGCAUUGGGCACCUGGUGUGACAAAUUCUGUGGCAAUCGAUUACCACAUGCUGUUGGUCUCAUCUACUGUGGUGCUAAAGAAACAGCGAGAGCUCAACUUGUUUACGAAGCCUGUCCAAUUACAACUAAUUAUAUUGAUUUUGAAAAAUCGUUCAGCACUCGACCAGAUUGCGGUUCGCACACUCCAUUGUAUGAUGCCAUUGAAUUCGCAUUAGACAAAAUGAUCCAAUAUUAUGAACAGCACAAAAGCAAAAUGAGUCCUAACUUCCAGAAACUUAUCAUUUGUCUUUCUGAUGGCGAAGAUACAUGUAGUAAAAUGACGUUACCGAGAAUUACUGAAAGACUUCAGAAAGAUCAUGUUAUUUUUGAUAGUAUUUGCUUCAGGGACAAGGAGGCACAAUCACUUGUUCAUCUAUGCACAUCAUCAAAAGGAUAUUAUUAUCUUCCAAUACCUCAAUUAGAAAAGGAUUUAAUUACUCUGUUUGAACGGGAGCCAGUAAUGAGUGUAAACAAACGCAAUAAAAAUGUUUAUGGUGUUGUUAAAGAGCCCAUAUUAUGCGAGCCGGAGGCCCUUCAUGUUCCAGCAACAAAAUUAGAAGAAGUCCCAGUAAAAGACAUAGUUGUAUCGAAUGAAACAUUGAACCGAGUUUUCCGCGAAGCAAACAAUUUGAAACUAAGGCCACCGGAACACUUUAUUAUAUUUGUUUGCAAAGACAACAUUCUUUUUUGGAAAAUAAUUAUGAAUGGUCCUCCAGGAAGCAGGUAUUGUGGUUAUAGAUGGCUUUUGUCUGUCGAAUUUCCAUCACAUACUUAUCCAUUGAGACCACCGGACAUUCGAUUUAUAACUCCCAUUUAUCACUGUAAUAUCAGUGAUGAUGGAAAAAUCUGUCAUGAAAUCUUACGCAGUCAUUGGACGAAACAGACAUCUAUGUACGAUGUACUCCAGCAAAUAAUUAGUUUGCUUUUUCAACCAGAACCCAACGAUGCAUUAUCAACAGCGAAAGGUGAUCUUUUUAAAAGAUCAGAGGAUGAUUAUUUCAAAGAGUUACAACAACAUAACAAGAAAUAUGCCAAUGCAACUAUAGAAGAACUCAAAAACCAAUAUCAACUUGAACAAUUCAGCAUUUAA